AUGGCAGCGAACGCGUGUCUGCGGCUGCCGGCGACGUCGGCUGUCCGUUCUGAGGAAGGCGUUCCGAAUUCGAAAUCUUCGCAGGGACAACCACGACUCUAUUUCAACAAACCUUCGUGGAUAAUCACAACUCAGUCAGGUUCUAAGACGGAGACUAGGAGAAAGACGAAAGGCCGAUGCGUAAUCUGUCAUGGAACUGGAAGAGUCGAUUGUUUCAAUUGUAGCGGGAAAGGGAGGACUAAUUGCGUAGAUAUGGAAAUGCUUCCAAAAGGAGAAUGGCCUAAAUGGUGUAGGAGCUGUGGAGGGAGUGGAUUGAGUGAUUGUUCUCGCUGUCUUGGCACCGGAGAGUACAGAUACAGUAUGGGUUUCCGUUUCUUAAACCAACAAGAUGAUGUUGAUCCACAAGCAUGA